AUGGGAACCAUUUCAUUAGCCGUACAAUUGUUCAUUGUAUUCCUGCUAACUUCGUAUCUCCUGAAUAAAGUGAGUCUACACUCGUUUCAUCAUAAUUACCGAGUUCAAUUUGUUGAUUUCAGUAUUCCACUAUUCGAAAGCAGAAUCCUAUAGUAACGAUUUCCACGUUCAUUGGAUGGUAUUUCUCUCUGAUCAUCAUAUUCGUCCUCCCUCUCGAUGUGGCAAUUGUAAGUUCUUCUAAAGACAUUUUACAGCUGAGUCGUCGUUUUCAGACGUUCUUCCAUAAAUGCGAAACGGAUCGGCAACGACUGUUAAAUGUGUCAUCGACUCCGGCUCCAGUGAUUCCGGAAUGCGAGUUGCCGGGAGGAUACGUGCCGGAUGGCGUGCUCUUUGAUCUUUGGCGUGUCGUCUAUUGGAGUGCCCAGAUGCUUACAUGGCUCAUACUGCCGCUUCUCCAGAGUUACGUUACUGCCGGCAAUUUUACAAUUUUUGGAAAAAUCCGUGCUGCGGUAAUCAACAAUGCGUUGUACUACGGAAUCUACUCUCUUUGCUUCCUCGCAAUUCUCAUCUACGCCAUGUUCAAAGGAGUUUCCCUCAACAUGUAAGAAACAUGUGCGUCUAAUUCAACAUCAAUUCAAAGGUUCUGUUUGCAGCGAGAAUUUUAAAGUUAUUCUGGUGUCUGCCUCGAAUACGUGGGGUCUUUUCUUGCUCGUCGUGUUGCUCGGACACGGACUCGUCGAAUUGCCGCGCAGUCUCUGGCACCAUGGCAAUCGGCGUAAGUGAAAUAGUACAUGGAAUAAAUGAAAGAGAGCAACUAUUCAGAUUAUCGAUUGAGAAGAACGUACUUUGACAUCGAAAAGUUAACGUCCGAGAAAAGUGAAGCAGAAGAAAGUGUGAAGGAAAUGUACAAGUGAGCAGUUGCAGUUAUCAACUGCAGUUAUACUCAUUUCUUUUUAUCUUUCAGGAAAGUUCGAGUAAUUUUUAAUUCCAUGAAAAGUGACACAAAUGGUCAGAGAAGAAAAGUGAGAACGAUAUUGUCAAAGUUUAGCGAUGACGUCAUCGACCAACUGUUCCCAUCGCGUCAAGUUAUUGACAAUGCCAAUUUGGAGGAAGGCGAAGGACACUGCUCAGAAGCAAAACUGAUCAAUCUGCACAAAAAGACGAUCUACGCUGUCCAAACACUCAACAGUGCUACGGCUCAGUGGAAGUGAGCAUUUAGUUUUUUUUUUCAAAGUUCAAUGUUCUUUUUCAGAGUGCUUGUCGAUCGAGCUCUGUUUUUGGAAAAUCUGGCGUUUUCGGAGUCGCACGGCUACAACAUGGAGCUUCAGAGAAUCGGAUGUGUUCCCGUUCCGGUCCGCAAGUUCUGGUACACUCGUCUACAAGCUCCCUUCUGUCGAAUUCUCGGAGUUGUGACUGUAUCGAUGACUUUCUUCGUUCUUUUCUCCGAAUGCACAUUCUUCGUCGUUUCCCACACUCUCUCUCCAGCUGCGCUUGUCACUGAAUAUGCUGCAAAUCGGUUCCAUUACAAGUACACGCAGUUUGUUGCCUUCGGAAUCAUUGUCUAUUUGAUUACCUGUGCAUACUUCACCAUCUUUCGGCUCCAAAUCUACAAGUAUUAUCACUUAGAUCCGAACGGUCACACUGAUGAAAACAGUAUUCUGUUCAGUGCGAUGUAAGCUCCUACUGGUCUUAUAAAUUCUUGUUAUCCCUUAUUUUCAGGCUCCUCUGUCGCUUGACUCCUCCGAUCUGCUUAAACUUUUUGGGGAUGAUUCACAUGGACUCGCACAUUUCAAUGGCGAAAAGCUUCGGAGUUGAGACUCAGUUCACGAAACUGAUGGGACAUCUGGACGUGAUUCCAAUUCUCGCCAAAGGAAUCAACAUUUACCUGCCUAUAUGUAUAAUUCUGCUCUGUGCCAUUCACUACUACCGCGUCGGAGCCUACGUCCUCCACAAUAUUGGAUUUGACCAGUUUGUGGAAGCGGACGAAAUGACGAAUGACAUGAUCAACUCUGGUCGAUCUCUUGUGCAGAUUGAGAGGAAUUCCCUGAGACGAUCGAGCGAAAAGAAUCAAAGAAAUCAGAACUGGCAGAGUAGUGCCGGGAGCAAUGGAAAUACAACUAAUCCCGGUCAAAAAUACAAGUGGUCGAGGAAGAACGAAGAAGAACGGCCGAUGUUGGAAGAAGAGGAGAUGGAAGAGCGGGAGCCGACGGAAAGCACUCGGAUCGGGAUGUCCCCGACGGAACACCCUUCUUCGAGUGGCUUCUUUGACGACAUGUGA